CAAGUUUUUUUUAUAUCAGUUAGGACAUGUCAGACAUUAUAUGGAAAGCAAAAGACAAACAUGUCAAUUACAUCUCCCAACUCAUUAACGACCCAAGUUUUCCCAGUAACACGUUCUCUUAUGGAAAUGAAACAGCAAAUUACCUUUGAAAUUAUGUGAACUUGUCUCCUCACAAGCAAAAGCAAACCAACACAACGCUGUGUCUUAUAAGACACAGCUAAGCUAACACAAAGGAAAACAGACAAACCAACCCAACAAACAGAUGGCAGAACCAGAAAGCAACGACCUCGAGCAUCAAACUGUUCCGAAGGUCAUAACUUUCCUGUCCUCGCUGCUGGAAAGAGUAGCUGAGUCUAAUGAUAACAGCCGCCGGUUUCAGCCCCAGAAGAUCUCAGUUUUUCAGGGCCUUACCAGGCCUACUAUAUCCAUUAGAAGCUAUCUCGAGAGGAUCUUUAAGUACGCAAAUUGCAGCCCAUCUUGUUUCGUGGUAGCCUAUGUUUAUCUUGAUCGAUUUGUGCAGAUGCAACCGUCUUUGCCUAUCAAUUCUUUCAAUGUGCAUAGGCUGCUUAUAACCAGUGUUUUGGUUUCUGCCAAGUUCAUGGAUGACAUGUUUUACAACAAUGCCUACUAUGCUAAAGUGGGAGGAAUCAGCACAGUAGAGAUGAACCUUCUUGAGGUGGACUUCUUAUUUGGCUUGGGCUUCCAAUUGAAUGUGACGCCAGCCACCUUCCACACUUACUGUUGUUUUCUCCAAAGAGAAAUGUGGAUGCAAUCCCCUGUACAACAUUUGGCAGAGCCUUCUCUAAACAUUGGGAGACCCCUGAAGAUCCAUUGUUGUUUCAACGAAGAUGAACCCUCCCAUCACCAGCAACUUACUGUUUAAGCAUUGUGUUUUUGUUGGAUUACUAGGAAUACAUGGCCAGUGAUUUUGUUUACUAGAAGAUGUUGGCUCAAGUUCAAAUGGGACUGACAUGGUGUAAAGCACAUUGAUUUCAGACCUGGAAGACAAAAAUCUCUUUUGGCUUUAUUUCUUCUCUGUUAAUGUGCUGCUGUAAGGACAUGUCCAGGCUCAUUGUUCUUGGGUUAGUCAUUUGCCUUCCUUUUUUAACUUUAGUACUACCUAAUUUUUGUUUUUUUCUUUUGUACCCAACUCUGAUAGUAUAAUGGUAUGUACAGAUGAGUGUUUUCUCUUUUACAGUCUGGGCUAACAUGAUCUUACUUUUAAAAAACAUCAUUAUCAGUUGAAAGAAACCAGAUUAAUAAUGGUGUCCUCUUCAGGCUCAAUGUUUCAUUGCAAAAGUAUCCACUUAGAAAGUAAAAAGUAUGGUUGGCCAGUGCAUAAUCAGCUGGAUUCAUGCUCUGUUGGAACAUAAGAAAUCUGGCUGAAAGUUGAAUGUUUCAUGUCUGCAUCCUGUUAUUGAAAGGAAUGAAAGAUCUUGUUUGUCAUGGCAAAAAUAAGCAUUGUUUGCUAGUUUAAGCCCCCCAACGCUGGCUGAGGCCGCUCAUUAUUUCAGCAGGGAGAGCAGGGUUUAUGGUGGGCUGGAUUGGAUCAAGAUCAGUUAAAAUUCAAUCUAUAAAAAAUAUUUAAUACUUUAGGCCCGCUUCGAAGGAAGAAACCCAGAGAGUGUGCAACAACAUUAUACAGUGCAAAUGAUACUACAAUACUUGCAAACUAAUCAAAUUUGUCUAAAAUAAAAUUUAAAUCUGAUUUUAAAUUAAUUUAUCGAA